GACAGCGCGGGGCGGCGCGGCGUGGCGGACGAGUUAGGGCCGGGGCGAGGGGGCUGUGGCUCCUGACCGAGACAGCCCAGGAGAUCCCAGCUCAGUGCCCGGCAGCCUUCGACGCGAUGUUCCGCCAGAGCUUGAAUCGUUUUUGUGCUGGAGAAGAGAAACGAGUUGGUACACGCACAGUGUUUGUUGGCAACCAUUCAGUUUCAGGAACAGAAGCUUACAUUGCACAAAGAUUUUGUGAUAAUAGAAUAGUCUCAUCUAAGUAUACACUUUGGAAUUUCCUCCCAAAGAAUCUGUUUGAACAGUUUAGAAGAAUCGCAAAUUUUUAUUUUCUCAUCAUUUUCCUUGUACAGGUCACAGUAGACACACCAACUAGCCCAGUUACCAGUGGACUUCCACUUUUCUUUGUUAUAACUGUUACAGCCAUCAAGCAGGGAUAUGAAGAUUGGCUGCGACACAGAGCUGACAAUGAAGUCAACAAGAGCACUGUUUACAUUAUUGAAAAUGCAAAACGAGUGAGAAAAGAAAGUGAAAAAAUCAAGGUUGGUGAUGUAGUAGAAGUACAGGCAGAUGAAACCUUUCCCUGUGAUCUUAUUCUUCUAUCAUCCUGCAACAGUGAUGGAAUCUGUUAUGUCACUACAGCCAGUCUUGAUGGGGAAUCCAAUUGCAAGACACAUUAUGCAGUACGUGAUACCAUUGCACUGUCUACAGCUGAAUCCAUUGAUACCCUCCGAGCAACAAUUGAAUGUGAACAGCCACAACCUGACCUCUACAAGUUUGUUGGGCGAAUCGAUAUCUAUAGUGAUAGUCUUGAGGCUGUUGCCAGGUCUUUGGGACCCGAAAAUCUCUUGCUGAAAGGAGCUACACUAAAAAAUACCAAGAAGAUAUAUGGAGUUGCUGUUUACACUGGGAUGGAAACCAAAAUGGCUUUGAACUACCAAGGGAAAUCUCAGAAACGUUCUGCUGUCGAAAAAUCCAUUAAUGCCUUCCUGAUUGUAUAUUUAUUUAUCUUACUGACCAAAGCUGCAGUAUGCACUACUCUAAAAUAUGUUUGGCAAAGUACCCCACACAAUGAUGAACCUUGGUAUAACCAAAAGACUCAGAAAGAGCGGGAGACUUUGAAGGCUUUGAAAAUGUUCACCGACUUCCUGUCAUUUAUGGUUCUGUUCAACUUUAUCAUUCCUGUCUCCAUGUAUGUCACAGUAGAAAUGCAAAAAUUCUUGGGCUCCUUCUUCAUCUCCUGGGAUAAGGACUUUUAUGAUGAAGAAAUUAACGAAGGAGCCCUGGUUAACACCUCAGACCUUAAUGAAGAACUUGGUCAGGUAGAUUAUGUAUUUACAGAUAAGACUGGCACACUUACUGAAAACAGCAUGGAAUUCAUUGAAUGCUGCAUAGAUGGACACAAGUAUAAAGGUGUAACUCAGGAGGUUGGAUUAUCUCAGACUGAUGGGCCUUUAACAUAUUAUGACAGAAAUCGAGAAGAGCUCUUUCUGCGUGCCUUGUGUUUAUGUCAUACUGUAGAAAUUAAAACAAAUGAUGCUGUUGAUGGAGCUACAGAAUCAGCUGAAUUAACCUAUAUCUCCUCUUCACCAGAUGAAAUUGCUUUGGUGAAAGGAGCUAAAAAGUACGGGUUCACAUUUUUAGGAAAUCGGAAUGGACAGAUGAGACUAGAGAACCAAAGAAAAGAAAUAGAAGAGUAUGAACUUCUUCACACCUUAAACUUUGAUGCCAUCCGCCGACGUAUGAGUGUAAUUGUGAAGACUCAAGGAGGAGACAUACUUCUCUUUUGUAAAGGAGCAGACUCAGCAGUUUUUCCCAGGGUGCAAAAUCAUGAAAUUGAGUUAACUAAAGCCCAUGUGGAACGUAAUGCAAUGGAUGGGUAUCGGACACUUUGUGUAGCCUUCAAAGAAAUUGUUCCAGAUGAUUAUGAAAGAAUUAACAGACAGCUCAUAGAGGCAAAAAUGGCCCUACAAGACAGAGAAGAAAAAAUGGAAAAGGUUUUUGAUGAUAUUGAAACAAACAUGAAUUUAAUUGGAGCCACUGCAGUGGAAGACAAGCUACAAGAUCAAGCUGCGGAGACCAUUGAAGCUCUGCAUGCAGCAGGCCUGAAAGUCUGGGUGCUAACUGGGGACAAGAUGGAGACAGCCAAAUCCACGUGCUAUGCCUGCCGCCUUUUCCAAACCAGCACCGAGCUCUUGGAAUUAACCACAAAAACUGUUGAAGAAAGUGAAAGGAAAGAAGAUCGAUUACAUGAAUUGUUGACGGAAUAUCGUAAGAAGUUGCUGCAUGAAUUUCCUAAAAGCACUAGAAGCCUUAAAAAAGCAUGGACAGAACAUCAGGAAUUUGGAUUAAUCGUUGAUGGCUCCACAUUGUCACUCAUACUAAAUUCUAGUCAAGAUUCUAGUUCAAACAAUUACAAAAGCAUUUUCCUACAAAUUUGUAUGAAGUGCACUGCAGUGCUCUGCUGCCGGAUGGCACCAUUACAGAAAGCCCAGAUUGUCAGAAUGGUGAAGAAUUUAAAAGGCAGCCCAAUAACACUGUCGAUAGGUGAUGGUGCCAAUGAUGUUAGUAUGAUCCUGGAAUCCCAUGUGGGAAUAGGUAUUAAAGGCAAAGAAGGUCGCCAAGCAGCUAGGAAUAGCGAUUAUUCUGUUCCAAAGUUUAAACAUUUAAAGAAACUGUUGUUGGCUCACGGACAUCUAUAUUACGUGAGAAUAGCACACCUUGUACAGUAUUUCUUCUAUAAGAACCUUUGUUUCAUUUUGCCACAGUUUUUGUUCCAGUUCUUCUGUGGAUUCUCACAACAGCCAUUGUAUGAUGCCUCUUACCUUACAAUGUACAAUAUCUGCUUCACAUCCCUGCCAAUCCUGGCCUACAGUCUACUGGAACAGCACAUCAACAUUGACACUCUGACCUCAGACCCCCGAUUGUAUAUGAAAAUUUCUGGCAAUGCCAUGCUACAGUUGGGCCCCUUCUUGUAUUGGACAUUUCUGGCGGCCUUUGAAGGGACAGUGUUCUUCUUUGGGACUUAUUUUCUUUUCCAGACUACAUCCCUAGAAGAAAAUGGAAAGGUAUACGGAAACUGGACUUUUGGAACCAUUGUUUUUACAGUCUUAGUAUUCACUGUAACUCUGAAGCUCGCCUUGGAUACUCGAUUCUGGACAUGGAUAAAUCACUUUGUGAUUUGGGGUUCUUUAGCCUUUUAUGUAUUUUUCUCAUUCUUCUGGGGAGGAAUUAUUUGGCCUUUUCUCAAACAACAGAGAAUGUAUUUUAUAUUUGCUCAAAUGCUAUCUUCUGUAUCCAUGUGGUUGGCCAUAAUUCUUCUAAUAUUUAUCAGCCUUUUCCCUGAGAUUCUGCGGAUAGUAUUAAAGAAUGUAAGAAGAAGAAGUGCCAGGAGAAAUCUGAGCUGUAGAAGGGCAUCUGACUCAUUAUCCGCCAGACCUUCAGUCAGACCUCUUCUUUUACGAACAUUCUCAGAUGAAUCUAAUAUGUUGUAACAGAAUCCGAAUUUUGAACUGCCUUUGUUAUUGUCCUACAAGCAUACUGACAGUGGUUACAGCUAAAAAAGGAAGCAUGAAGAAACAAC